AUGUCUAAGGAUCCCACACCGCGUGGUGAAGAGCCAAAUCUGCCAUACAUGGACGUCGUCAAAGACGGCACCGCCACAGUACACGCUGGGCGUCUUCCAGAAGAGAUGUAUACGAAGGCUUUGAAUCCCCGGAGGGCAGCCAUAAGGAGGCAGAUGGUGGAGAUUGUGAAGGUGGAGACUCCUGUAUUGGCUAAACUGCAGGCUUUCUCACGAACCCCAUUUUUGGAUGCCUACUUCGUGUAUACAUCUAUGCUUGGAACUCAUACUUUCUUCAUGAUGUUCCUGCCGACACUUUUCUUCUUCGGGCACGAUGUUCAAGGACGCGGUUUGAUCUUUGUUCUUGCACUCGGCGUAUACUCGUCGUCCCUCCUCAAGGAUUUUGUCUGCUCACCAAGACCAUUUGCGUUGCCCGUUACGCGUCUCUCUGUCGGCUCACACCACCUUGAAUACGGCUUACCGUCCACGCACACGACCAAUGCCGUGUCCAUGGCUCUUUUCCUUCUCGGGCUCGCAUACGACCUUUUCCGCGAAGAAAAGAUAGGGCAGAACACAUUCUCGAUCUGCUCUGGCAUUGCGGCAUUUUAUGUCUUGACAAUUGCGGGCGGAAGACUGUACACGGGGGCGAACGUGACAAUCGGUGGUUUGCUCGGCCUGGCCAUGUCCUUAGUACAAAUAUACUGGCUGCCUUACGUUGAAAGAUGGGUCAUCAAUGGCGGAUGGUAUGCCCCCUUGAUCAUGGUCGUCGUAGGCCUCCUCCUAGUACACAAGCACCCGCAACCGGUGGACGACUGUCCCUGCUUCGAAGAUGCCAUAGCCUUCAACUCCGUCGUACUCGGGAUCCUCCUCGGCCUAUCCUUCUCCGUCAAUUUCCCGGCGCUCGCCUCGCCCACUUCCCUCCGGGUCUUCGCCCCAACCGACCUCCCUUCGACUUUCAAUACCACCUACAUUUUCACUCCUGCCGCGUACGAGAUCGGAGCCGGCAAUGUUGACAUCACGGCCGUAGCGUUCAUGCAAUAUCUUGUCGUCGCCGCUACCAAACUUGUCGGAGGCAUCCUCGCCAUCUUCGCCUUCCGUCUCAUCAUGAAACCCUUCUUACACGCCGUCCUUCCGCCCAUCUACCGUUUCCUCGCGCAUACAGUGCCCAAGUUCCUGCCCGGGUGGGACCUGCCCACUCGUAGGUACUACACCCCUGCGACUGAAUACGGAAGGAUGCCGGCGUAUGGAGGACAUGAGGGUGCUGGUGUGCAUGAUGGAGGGUUGGGGGAGUUGAGGCCUGUCCCGAGUAUGGUGGAUUUGAGCUUGGAGCUGUCAGGUGCGUGGGAGGUCGCGCCGAAUAAUGGAAUGGCCAGUGGACAUAGCGCGGGCGGAGAUGACGCUCGGGUCGGAAACACAAUGGUCAGAAGGACGGUCGCAGCGGGAGGUGACGAUGACGCCAAGGUAGACUUCAAGAAGUAUGUCGAGGCGAAUGAGGGAGGCGGAGAGGUUGAGGAACCGGAGGUCGUCAAGCAUUAUGAUGCUGAUGUGUUGACGAAGUUCAUCGUCUAUACGGGUAUCGGCUUCAUGGCUCAGGUCGUGUGCCCCGCUACUAUGGAGGCGGUCGGAUUGGGUGUUGUGUCGCGGUUGUGA